UAUGUGAGGUAUAAUUAUGUAGCUCAUUAGAACAUGCUCGAAGUAUGGUGCAAAUUAUACAGAGCGGGUACUUAUCUCCUCUUCCCUUCGUGUCUUGCACUCCGCUACCAGACGCAUCCAAUAGCUUAAUUGAGAUUAUCAAAGAUUCUUCGACGCAGUGCCCACUGGUAAUAUUAUGUGCAGAAUGUACAUACAGUAUUGUCCUUAUCAGCUAGAGACGUCUUGCAAAGACUUUCUGAUUGCAGCAAUCUCUUUCGGGCGUACGAUAUUUCAUGGUACAUAUAUAAAUAGAUUUGCAUUUCCUCCAUUUUUUUAAGGAGAUACUGUGGACUAAAUUUGUUUCUUUAUAACUUUUUUGAAGAAGAGAUCUCUCAGAUUCCAUUGUCAUCAUCGACCUUAGUGCUCACGUUGGGUCCAUUAUUGAAGCAAGGAAUAUCCGUCAGCUGAAAUGAAUCAAAAAAAUCUUGAAAUCAAACCGGUGGUCUCAUGUAUUAAAGUUGAUGAUUUGAGAGUGCAAUCAGUACUCUCGAACCAGCAGAUUGUAUUGAAUGUGGACCACCAGGUUGAUAGUGAUGAGGCCCAAAUUUUGGCUUUGGGAUAUAAGCAAGAAUUGGACCGUAAAUUUGGUGCCUUCUCAGUUUUUGCUGUGUCUUUUUCGGUUUUAGGCUUGCUUCCCUCUAUUGCAGCAACAUUUGAAUACCAACAGCUUGUUAUUGGAAUAUCACCUGUUCCUUGGAUACUUGGAAUGAUUGGCGUUACUUCAGUAGCGUACUCCAUGGCUGAGAUUGCUUCUGCAUUUCCUACGUCCGCAGGUACUCCCUAUGCAGUGUCUCAAUUGGCUCCUAAAAAAUGGGCUCCAUUUUUGACUUGGACCACCAGUUUUUCCAACUGGAUGUGUCAGAUCACUGCAGCUCCCUCGGUAAACUAUUCAGGUGCUUGUUUCAUUUUAUCGUUGGCAUCGUACAGGAGUGGAUAUGUUGCGUCAACUGGAGUUUACUAUGCACUUACCACUGCGAUAAUGAUUAUGCAUGCUAUCAUCUCAUGUAUGCCGACAAAAUACUUGGCCCAAUUCAAUAAUAUUGGGACACUAAUCAACAUGAUAUUCUUAAUCAUUGUGUUUGUCAUAAUUUUUGCAUGCAAUGACAGAUUAGACAUGUAUGACGGUGCUAUUCCCAAAUUCAAUAGUAAUUCCAAAGCUUGGGGUCUCACGAACCAAACAGACUUUCCUACUGGCGUAGCCAUGUUGGUAUCAUUUCUUGGUGUUAUUUGGGCAAUGUCUGGGUAUGAUUCACCUUUUCAUUUAGCAGAAGAAUGCUCAAAUGCAUCUGUUGCUGCUCCUAGAGCUAUUUGUCUCACAGCAACCGUGGGAGGGACCAUCGGUUUUAUUUUUGUUUUGGCAAUUUCGUACACGGCUGUGAGUUUGGACCUAAUUUCCGAGGACCAGCUCGAAUUGGGCCAGCCAUUUGUCACGUACUUGACUCAAAUUAUGGCUCCGAAAUUUGUUGUCACUUGUACUUCACUAACUAUUAUCUCAUCUUGGUUCAUGGGAAGUUCAUGUAUGUUGGCUGCUUCCAGGGUCACCUACGCGUAUUCGAGAGACGGCUUGUUUCCAUUUUCCAAUGUGUGGUCAAAAGUAUAUGCUCCCACAAAAACACCAGUCAAUGCAGUAAUCAUGAAUUUGGUUUUGGGACAACUCUUACUUCUUUUGAUGUUUGGUGGUGAAACCGCAAUAUGGGCAAUUUUCUCCGUUGGCGGUAUUUCGUCUUUCAUCUCGUUUACCAUGCCAACAUUAUUGAAGAUUACAUAUGCCCAAGACACCUUUCAGCCUGGCCCAUGGAACUUGGGUAGAUAUUCACGCCCUAUUGGGGUUUUUUCCGUGGCCUUUGUGGUUGUGAUGAUACCAUUUUUAUGCUUUCCGACAGUUUCAGGCAAAAAUUUGACUCCCGAUUCUAUGAAUUGGACGGUACUUGUAUUUUUUGGGCCCAUGUUGAUCUUUACUAUCUGGUUUCUUGUUGACGCUCACAAAUGGUACACCGGGCCAAGACCAAAUAUUGAUGAAUAUAUCUCGCAUGGGAGAUCUGGUGCGGUGCUCAUCGAAGGACUAAAGAGUCAUCUCUCGCCUUCUCUCAACGACGAUAUUUACGAAGACUCUGAAAAGAAGUAGAUAUAUCAAACACUACCGAGGAAAGUGUGAUCAACGUCGCUUUUAAAUAUUGAAAUUUUGGAUUUAAAGAUCUGCUGUCAUUCUUUCUGUUUAAACAAGUCUCAAAAGUAUGCACUAUCCAAAAUGGUCAGUGUAGUACUCUAUAAGAUUUCAGCAGGUAUCUGCCACAAACUUUUGAACUCAAUAGUAU